UAUCCGGAGAGAAUGUAUAUCCAUGCCUGUCUUGUUGUGAGCUUAGCUGUGUCACAAGUUUUGGCUGGGGCUGUUCCCAAGGUCACAGACAUCGAAGAUGAGUUGGGCAUUGACAAAAUAAACAAAGACUUACAUUUACGUGAAGGUGACAUAAUGGAGAACUUUCAGAGGAAUGGCAUUCUGGGGGAAAACAAACGCUGGCAGUCUCCAGUUCCCUAUGUUUUACACUCUAGUCUUGAUAUGAAUACUAAAGGCAUCAUUCUGCGAGCCUUUGACCAGUUCAGGCUGAAAACAUGCAUGGACUUCAAGCCCAGAGACUCUGAGAUGUACUACCUAACAAUUGAGAAACAUACAGGGUGCUCCUCCUAUGUAGGGAGAACUUUUGCAAAUGGACAGGUUGUUAACAUUGGAGAGUACUGUGGUAUUGUCGCCAUUGUGGAACAUGAGCUUCUACACGCUCUGGGCUUCUAUCAUGAGCAGUCCAGAUAUGACAGAGAUGAAUAUGUGACCAUUGUCUAUGAAAACAUCGUAGAAGGAACACAAGAGAACUUUAAGAACUACAGUGAGAAUGAAAUCACCACUCUGGGUACGCCGUAUGAUUACACCUCGUUGAUGCACUACGGCAAAGAUGACUUCGGGAAAGUUCCCGGACUCAUCACUAUCAUCACUAAGCAACCAGAGUUCCAGGAUGUGAUUGGCCAAAGGCUGGAAAUGAGCUCAAACGAUGUCUUGAAGCUAAACCGAAUGUACAGUUGCAAUGCAUCUGUUGCAUUUAAGGAAUAUUGCAGCUUUUCCGAUAAAGAUGUGUGUGGGAUGAGUCGCUGCUCUCGGAGUGUGGAGAAUAGCUCGGAAAAUGUCUGGGGGAGAGUGACACAGGCUGCUGGGGGUCCCUACACCGACCACACCAACAUGGGCUCUGAUAGUACUGGUUUCUUCAUGCAUGCCAGCACAGCGUCAGGCCAGGAGGGGGACACAGCCUGGCUGGAGAGCAGGGAGAUGACUCCCAGCAGGAAGUGCAGUGUCCAGUGUUUACAGUUCUACUACUACCACAGUGGUAACGAGUUAGACCAGCUCAACAUCUGGAUCAGAGAAUACCGUGAUGAGAGAGACCCUAAUGGAACUCUCCGCCUCAUGGGCCAGAUCACAGCUUCUCCAGUGUCUUACUGGCAGCUCCACCACGUGCCUCUGAAUGCCACCAAAACCUUCCAGGUGGAGUUUCAGGUGCAUAAAGGAGCAGGACUGUCUACAGGUGGGUUUUCCAUCGAUGACAUCAACCUGUCAGAGACAGACUGCCCCAAUUUGACCUGGCAGAUACGGGACUUUGAGAAUCUUUUGACUACCAGCGACUACAACACCUAUCUGUACAGCCCAAGGCAAUACUCUCCAGAUGGCUAUGCCUUCCAGAUAAUUACUAAAUUGUCUAGGUCUUAUAUUGGAGUCUAUGCCCGCCUCUUGUCUGGUAAAUAUGAUGACACGCUCCAGUGGCCCUGCCCAUGGAGACAGAUAACGUUUCUGCUGAUGGACCAGAACCCAAACAUCCAGCUACGCAUGUCCAAGCAGAACAGCAUCUCCACUGACCCUAAACGGAUUGACCCUGAAAAUGGUGAAAAGUAUUGGGACAACCCUCGCAAAACUGGAACAUUUUACAAACAAGAGGGCACUGAGUCAAUCUACUCGACCAAGGGAGAUGGCUACGAAAAGUUUAUUUCUUUGAAGGACAUCAAGGACAAAGGCUUCCUUAAGGGUGGAGCCAUCUUCUUCCUCACCACCAUGCAAGAUAUCUCCAGUCUGCAGUAUGCCGGUAACAACAAACUCCCCUGUCCCAGUCCACCACCACAGGACUUCACCCAGUUGCCCAGCAUUCAAGAGGACAAGGGCCCAUGUUCACCAAGAUGCGGUUCGUUGUCAACGGAUGCGGUUGUCUGUCCCAUGCACUACAUUAGACCCAAGUUCAUCACAGAGGAAGUUGAUCAACCCAUCUACAAACUGAGGUAA